AUGUCUGCAGACAACAUCCAAGUCAUCGUCCCAAUGUCGGAAACAAGGGGGAAUGGUCUCCCAGCACAAGACCCCAAGAAAAUGUCCAUGGGGAGCAUCUUGAGUUUCCACAACAUCUAUUACCGAGUUAAAUUAAAGAGUGGAUUCAUCGGUUCUCGAAAAACUGUCACUAAGGAAAUUCUGCAUGACAUCAAUGGGAUCAUGAAACCCGGACUCAACGCAAUUCUGGGUCCCACGGGUGGUGGCAAAUCAUCGUUGUUGGAUGUUUUAGCUGCAAGGAAAGAUCCCAAAGGACUAACUGGUGAUGUUUUGGUAAAUGGUGCUCCACAGCCCUCCAACUUUAAAUGCAGCUCGGGUUACGUGGUGCAGGACGAUGUGGUGAUGGGGACUCUGACCGUGAGAGAGAACCUCCAGUUUUCAGCAGCACUGCGGCUUCCAACCACCAUGAAGAAUCAUGAGAAGAAUGAGCGGAUCAACAAGGUCCUUAGAGAGCUUGGUUUGACCAAGGUGGCUGAUUCCAAGGUUGGAACCCAGUUCACCCGUGGGGUAUCUGGAGGAGAACGAAAGAGGACCAGCAUUGGGAUGGAGCUGAUUCCAGAUCCUGCAGUCUUGUUCUUGGAUGAGCCAACCACUGGCUUAGAUGCUAGUACGGCUAAUGCUGUUCUGCUACUCCUGAAGAAGAUGUCUAAGCAUGGAAGAACCAUCAUCUUUUCCAUCCACCAGCCCCGCUACUCUAUCUUCAAACUGUUCGACAGCCUGACCUUGCUGGCAUCUGGACGGCUCCUUUACCACGGUCCUGCCCAGGAAGCAUUGGAAUACUUCUCAUCUGCUGGUUACCAGUGCGAGCCAUUCAACAACCCAGCAGACUUCUUCCUGGAUGUUAUAAACGGCGAAUCCACUGCCGUAUUGCUAAACAAAGAGGAAGGAAGCAGUACAGCUAAUGAAGACGUAGAAACACCCAAAAGCGGCAAAACUAUUUUGGAGAAAUUAGCAGACUACUAUGUCAAUUCCACCCACCACCAACAAACUAAAGCCGAACUGGAGAAAUUUACACUGGGGAAUAGAAGGAAGGCGACAGUGACUUUCAGAGAGAUAACAUAUAUCACUCCUUUCUUUCAUCAACUCAAGUGGGUGACCAGGCGUUCAUUUAAAAACUUGCUGGGGAACCCGCAGGCCUCUAUUGCUCAGAUAAUUGUCACCACUAUCAUGGGCUUGGUUGUAGGCUCCAUAUUCUUUGGACUGGAAGACAAUCAGACUGGAAUUCAGAAUCGGGUUGGCGUUAUGUUCUUCCUGACCACGAACCAGUGCUUCAGCAGCAUCUCAGCCAUUGAACUGUUUGUGGUGGAAAAAAAACUAUUUAUACAUGAGUACAUCAGUGGCUAUUACAGAGUGUCGGCCUACUUUUUCGGGAAACUGCUGUCGGACUUACUACCCAUGAGGGUGAUGCCGAGCAUCAUCUUCACCUGUGUAACUUAUUUCAUGUUGGGUCUGAAGCCCACGGUUGAGGCCUUCUUUAUCAUGAUGUUUUCCCUGAUGAUGGUGGCGUAUACGGCCAGUUCCAUGGCCCUGGCUAUCGCUGCAGGUCAAAGCGUGGUGGCCGUUGCCAACCUUCUCAUGACCAUCUCUUUCGUCUUCAUGAUUCUCUUUUCUGGACUGCUAGUCAACCUUACCACCAUUGGAAGCUGGAUCUCCUGGUUAAAGUACUUCAGCAUUCCUCGAUAUGGCUUUGCAGCUUUGCAGUAUAAUGAAUUCAGAGGCCUAACCUUUUGCCCUGGCAUCAAUGGGACGAGCGAAAACUCCACCUGUCACUUUGCAGUGUGUACUGGAGAGCAGCAUCUGAUAAACCAAGGCAUCGACCUGUCCCCCUGGGGCCUCUGGCAGAAUCAUGUAGCCUUGGCAUGCAUGAUAGUGAUCUUCCUCACGAUUGCAUACCUGAAGCUGCUCUUGAUCAAGAAGUUUUCUUAAACGAUUCAAGGAACGAGGUGCCAUAGGAUUUCAAAGCAGUCGCUUGGAGAACUGACCUGUAUUAAGAAUUCAUCAUUUGCAUCUUUUGUAGCACUGCCUCUGCCUCCUCACAGUAGACAGAUUAACUUGUUCUCACCUGCUGCUGCCUUUAAUUCGCUUCCAAAGUGCUGUACCAGAGUUCUCCUCACUAAAUUAUGACCUCAAGAGGCCUGUCAGAAUUAACCCAGCUAUGUCCAUUUCUGGGGAAAAAAUCUGUGAACUAAUAUGGUGACGAUUCCCUGUUAGUCAAAUUAGACUGGGGGCCUUAAGAGGAUGUAGUUCUAAUUUAUUAAUCUUGCUCAAUAAAUAUUUAUUGAUGACAUGAA